UCAGUCGACUUAAGUGCUCAGGAUGGCUCUCUUUAACCCCUUUAGGCCUUGGGCUCUUUGGUCUUUUCUUGGGCCUAUGCCAUUGGGUGAGCCUAAAAGCGCCCAACAUUACCCACAACCCACCUAUGAGCAACAACACAUUUUUAUCUCUCUACACCCUCAUCGUUUUUUUUCUUUUCUUUCUUUUCUGGCGAUCCAAACCCUAACGCAUGUAACCAUUGCUACUCUCCUUCUCUCUUUCUUGUUCUUGAGUUUGACUUUUAUCUAUAUAUUAAUUUGUUCUAUGUACUAGAUAUCUCCCUCUAUCGUUAUGGUACAAUUUGUAAAUAGGUCUGGGAAGGAAAGUAUUCCCGUUUAUUUAGUCUGUUUCCUUUAUAUCUUAUUCUCCAUCAAACUCUGAAAAUGGCGGAACAAUAUCUUCUUCUCCGUCCAAAUACCAAACCCUAUCUCAAUCAUCCUUCAACCACCCAAAGCCACCAAGAUGCCGAUAUCACAAAGGUAACCAUUUGCCAUCCUUCAUCUCUGUCCAAAUACCAAACCCUAUCUCAAUCAUCCUUCAACCACCCAAAGCCACCAAGAUGCCGAUAUCACAAAGGACUUUGAUUUUAGGCCAUGGCUUCAGAUUGGAUGAACAAACAAACGGCGGAGAUCUCGAGGUUUGCGGAUUCAAGAAUGAUAAGGCUGUUUGACUCCAACAUGCUCAUCAGCAACACCACGGCGGUGAUAUGCUUGGAUGAUUACCAUUCCCUAGACAUGACAUGGAGGAAGGAGAAAGAAGUGACGAUGCUAGACCCAAGAGCUACCUACUUCGAUCUUAUGUAUAAGCAGAUGAAGGCAAUCAAGGAAGGGAAGGCUGUUGAGAAGCCUAUUUACACAAUGUUUCUGGUCGCUUGGAUCCUCCUGAGCUCAUCAAGUUCCCCCAAGAUUCUUGUCAUUGAAGGUUUACGUGCAAUCUGCAUGCUGCAAUCAUUGAACUGGAUACCAAGAUCUAGAAUGAUAACUCAUUGACCAAAAAAUGAUGAAGAUUAUAACUCUAGUUGGCCACUUGCGUUGCAUAUAAUCCUUUUAAAGAUGUAGUACGUACAUUUAUUUACUAAACCGAAAUCAAUUGGAUGUAAACCAUGUUUUGGUGUCUCUUUAUUGACUUCUUAGUGUCUCUUGGGUUCUGAGUUUGAUUAAGACUUUGUAAUCAAUUCCAUGUGUGUAAGUUUAUAUUCACUAUGUUGUUCGUAAUCAUAGGUAUA